GCUCUUGCCCAUCCCUUCCUCUGUGGAGGCUGUUUCCUCCUGGGCAUCCAGGACGUGAGCAGUGACACACACGUACACACGGAGACCUUAGACGGAAGGACGGACUAUGGGGUGGGCUCAGAAGAGAGGCAGACACAGGGGAGGUGAGGAGAGGAAGAAAAAAGCGGUUAGAGGCAUUCCAUACAUGGGACACCGCUCCUCCAAUUUCACAGGUAUUUUCCCACUCUGGCCUGAGGGCAUCUCCAAGGAGUAUGGGCUAGGAUAAUCCCCCCCGUGCAGACUAGAGGCAGAAUGGCCCCGCGGGGGAGGCACCAUGGCUUCUCCAGGAUGAGGAACAGGGAAGAAGGAGCACUUGUGUCUGCGUCUGUCUCAAAGCUGGGACCCUGGCUGCACCCAGACCUUCUCGGAGGCCUGUGGAGACAGAUGGUUUGGGGAUCCUGGGGACACAUAUGAUACUGCAAGGAAAAGGGGGCGAGCAGUGCCCUGCCCAGAGGACUGCUUGCAUGGGUGGUAUCCAAGGAGGUGGCUCAGAUCACCAUGGUCUCCAGGCAGUGAUGUAACCUCUUUCACAACAAUGCCCACAGUGCAGGGGCCUCCUGUAAACAGGCACCCAGAUCCUCACACUCAGCUCACUUGGCUGGAGACAGCUGCUACGGAAAGAUGUUUUCCUGCUGUAUCCUGCCUUACCACGUCUAUGGUCCCCAGAAGACCUGGAGCCAUAACCUUUUUACUCGUUUUAAAGGGUGGCUCACCUCUCAUACACCACACCUAUGGCCGUUUGCCAGGAGGUCAUCAAAGGUCGUUCCUCAGGAGUUUGGAAAGGACAAGACACAUCAGUCCUUCCUCUCCCUGACUAUACAGGAAGGGAGGAUGCAGCACCCGGCCGACACAAGCCAGCGCUGGGCCUGGGCUCUCGACACAUCCACAGUGGACAAGAGAUCAUGUCCCCGGCUGUGGAUGGUUCACAACACUCCACUCGAGCGUCUGGUGGCUCACCUUGUGCCCGCCUUCCUGCUGUGCGACACCACUUUUAUCUACAGCUUCCUGUUGACAUACAAAGCUGUGGCCACCACACAACAGGUCCUAGAUGAGUUCUUUAAUAGUUACAGAUUCAUCCUCUUUUGUAGAGUGGACGACGCACCCACCCGCCUAUGGAAAAAGGCCUUGGCCUUCAUUCUCGGCAUGUGGAUGGAAUCCUAUCCCCAGGACUUUUGCCAGCCCCCAGACUUUCCCAGCUUGAGAAGGGUAUUGGCCUUCCUUGCAUUCAGCAUGCCAGGCUCGCAGGUGGUGCAUCAAGCUCGCCUUCUGCUUUCACAGUUGCUGCACCCUGAACCCAGCGAGGCAGAGAGUCACGCACCAGCUCCUGAGAAAGAUCCCAACCCAGCUGAACAUCGCCCCCCUGCUCCAACUCUAGUGCCCACCACACCUCAGAGCCACAGAUCGACGUCCAGCGCCGCAGCCACCUCGAGUCUCAGCCCGGAUGGCACUUCAAGUGAUGGAAAGACCAUUCACGUCCUCCCAGGGACGAGCCUCAGCCCCUGGACCGUGGCCCCAUCGCUGAUUUCCGCCCCUUCCCCUUUACCGCCAGUUCAUUAAAGUUCUGUUUUGUCUUGCACAUA